AUGCCUGGCUUAGGUCGUCGCAGUCAAUCAAAUGUGCGAAGAGCUACCUCACGUGCUAACCGCACUAAUGACCACAGAGAGACAGAUCCAGAAAAUAGUCGUAUUGAUAUGUCAGAAUUGCGUUAUUUAGUGAGUGAUAAUAAAGUAGAUAGGCUUAGAAUGCAACGAGUUCGUGCACCUCAAACACAACAACACCAAGCACGACAUAAUGAAAUUGAGCUAAUCUACAGACGGAAUGCUUCUGUGAUUCUUGAACGAGCUGCAUUCCACUAUGAACCUGCAAUUGAUUAUUGUGCUGACAAAUCGAUUGAUCUUAAGGACGCGUAUCUGCAGAUGGAGCUAGACGAUGAUUCAAAAGCAAUCAUGGUAGUCAACACGCCGUUGGGGCUAUAUCAGUAUCAACGUCUUCCGUAUGGAAUAGCCAGCGCGACAGCAAUUUUUCAAAGGUACCUCGAGCAACUUAUACAAGGCAUCGAAGGUUGUGGCAAUUAUCUUGAUGGCAUCAUCAUCACAGCGCCUACAUUCGAUGAGCACAUGCAACGCGUCGAAAACAUUCUCCAAGUUCUUCAAAGCAACGGUAUUAAAUGCAAACAGCAAAAGUGUUUUUUUCUCCAGGAAAAGAUCGAGUAUCUGGGUCGACAAAUCAGCGCAGGGGGAAUUUUGCCAGACGAAUUCGGCCUGGUAGCGGUAAGAGAUCUUAAGCCACUAAAAAACAUCAAGCAAGUCGAGGCAUUCAUGGAUAUCUGCCCUAUCAAUAUGCUACGCCGAAAAAACGUCCCAUUUACGUGGGGCCCAAAACAACAACAAGCGUUCACAUCACUUAAGCACUUGCGCACUACGACGAGCAAUUACCUCUAG